AUGAGUUUACGAGCGAUCCUCAGCGGGUCGCGCGUCAAGAAACGCUCUGCGCCGGUCGCUGCAAACAAGACGGGCAGCACGAAGAAGAAGGCCGCCUUGGCGUCAACAUCAACAAAGGCAUCGUCGCCAUUGCCAAACAACGUGCGCCAGGCCAAGCCGGGGAGCGGACGUGGCAGUAUAUCAAAGAGUGCCACUCCCGUCGAUGAGAAUAAGGACGAGGGCGGUAUCGGUAGCGAAGACGACGACGACGACGAUGACUUCUUCUCUGACGACGACGAGCAGCUCGACGACAACGGCCUCGUUGCCUCCCUCGCCGACGACCUGUCCCUGCGCGACGUCGUCCAGGCCCUGCGCUAUGCCCGCGGCAAUAUGUUUGAGCCGGUGCCGCAGGGUGCCAGGGCGUCCGCAGCAGGCCAUGCCGACAGCGACAACAACAAUGGCAGCACGCCAGGCGGCGCACGAACCACGACGGGAUUUGUUGGCAACAGCACGCGCACAGCCGAGCUGCUCAACAUGCGCCGCCGGAUGCCCGCCUUGGCCACGACGGCGCACGUGGCGGCGCUGCUUCCCAAUGCAACGGCCACGGAGCGCGAGACCGUGGCGCUGAUCCGCGCGGGGGUGCUGCGCAAGGUGGUGCAGCCGCAGUGGCGGCGCGGGUUCAGCGGCAAGCCGAAUUUCGGGGGCCGAGGCGGUGAUGCGAACGCCCUCAGUGCGGACCCGAAGCGUGGCAGCCGCGCCCUCGUCAUUGGCGGCGAGUCGCUCGGCGAAGUGCUCGUCGAGACGGCGGAGCUGCAAGCACGCGUGCGCCAGGGGCCGUCCUCGACCGGCCUCAGCGACGACACAAAAGAGGCGUUCGUGGCAUGGCUGGGGGAUGCCAAUCCGUCGUUUCCUCCGACGCCAGCCGACCCCGCCGCAAAGCGCUUCACAAUCAACGGCCACCCCGCGCCGCAGCUGGCUGUGCACAUGGUCGACGAGCUCGUGCGCGCUGGCUUUCUCGUAGGUCACGGCGCGUCUGCCGGCCUCGUCGGAAGCAUAAGCGUGACGGGGCACCGUAGUGCAGCCGUCGGUGGCGGUAGCAACGGCAGCGGCAGCCUCCACAGCGGCGGGGGUAGCCGUCGUGGCGAACGUGGCAGCCAGAGCGACACGGGGGACGUCUAUGCCCGUCCCGAGGACCGCACGACGCUCUUGAGUCUCGAAACGGUCGCUCGCGCCGCCUCUGGCUCGUUUGACGCCGUUGGCGGUGUUGGCGCCGUGUAUACGGCUGGAGGAGGCGGUGCACGGGGACGGUAUCGAGCCGCUGCUGCUGGCGGCGGUCCUGCAGCAACGCCCACCGAAGACCUUCUUCUCAGCAUCCCCGGCCACGGCUCAUUCGUCAAGCUCGUGUCUGGCGCCCUGUCCUACCUCGUUGGCAUUAUCGCACGCUCGUCACAUCGCGAGACACUUGAGACGUCGCUGCGUGAGCGGUGGGACGCCGGAGGCAGCAUCGCCAAACGAAGGGAAAUGGGCGGAGGCUUCAAACGUGUGCCGCUCACCCGGACGAAAAAGUGGAAGGACUUUUACGGCCUCAGUUUCGAUUGGGUGCUGGCUGAGGCUGUGGGCGCCGGCCUGGUGGAGCUGUUCGACACGGGCAGUGUUGGCCGUGGUGUCCGGCUGUUGUCGUGA